GGAGAUAUUCAUGGAUUUCUGUUUUCCUUCCUCCCUCUCCCCCUGACCCUUCAGAUUUAUGAGGAAUCCAAGAUGAAUUUGGAGCAGGAGAGGCCAUUUGUCUGCAGUGCCCCCGGCUGCUCCCAGCGCUUCCCAACAGAGGACCAUCUGAUGAUUCAUAGGCACAAGCAUGAAAUGACUUUGAAGUUUCCCUCAAUAAAAACAGACAAUAUGUUAUCAGAUCAGACUCCGACCCCAACGAGAUUCCUGAAGAACUGUGAGGAGGUGGGGCUCUUCAGCGAGCUGGACUGCUCCCUGGAGCAUGAGUUCAGGAAGGCUCAAGAGGAGGAGAGCAGCAAGCGGAAUAUCUCGAUGCAUAACACCAUUGGUGGGGCCAUGGCGGGGCCUGGAGCUCACCAGCUUGGCAGCACCCGGAUGCCCAACCAUGACACCAGUGUUGUGAUUCAGCAGGCCAUGCCGUCACCCCAGUCCAGCUCUGUCAUCACACAGGCACCUUCCACCAACCGCCAGAUUGGGUAA